CCUCCCCCUCUGCGCGUUACGUCAUCAUCGAGCGCCCCCGCCUGGACGUGCUAGGAGCGGCGGCGCAGCACGGUGCGGCGUAGCUCCGGCUCCCCUUUCCCACUUGCUGGGCGAGAGGAGUCUAUGGGGCACCCGUUGCCGCCGAGGAUACCGCCACCGCCACCGCCGCCGGGUGCUGUCUCUAUGGCGAGAAGGAGGAGGAGGAGCGCGAGCUCAGAGACACAAGUACAUAAAUAAAGGAUAAAGUAUUUUAUGAAGUAAAUCUUCAAUCAAGUAUAACGUUUUGAUGCUUGGCAUCUAGACUUCUUUUGCCCUCACUAUGCCAGCAGCAACUGUAGAUCAUAGCCAAAGAAUUUGUGAAGUUUGGGCUUGUAACCUGGAUGAAGAGAUGAAGAAAAUUCGUCAAGUUAUCCGAAAAUAUAAUUAUGUUGCUAUGGACACCGAGUUUCCAGGUGUGGUUGCAAGACCCAUUGGAGAAUUCAGGAGCAAUGCUGACUAUCAGUACCAACUAUUGCGGUGUAAUGUAGACUUGUUAAAGAUAAUUCAGCUAGGACUGACAUUUAUGAAUGAGCAAGGAGAAUACCCUCCAGGAACUUCAACUUGGCAGUUUAAUUUUAAAUUUAAUUUGACGGAAGACAUGUAUGCUCAGGACUCUAUAGAGCUACUAACAACGUCUGGUAUCCAGUUUAAAAAACACGAAGAGGAAGGAAUUGAGACCCAGUACUUUGCAGAGCUUCUUAUGACAUCUGGAGUAGUCCUCUGUGAAGGGGUCAAAUGGUUAUCAUUUCAUAGUGGUUAUGACUUUGGCUAUUUAAUCAAAAUCCUGACCAACUCUAACUUGCCUGAAGAAGAACUUGACUUCUUUGAGAUCCUUCGACUGUUUUUUCCUGUCAUUUAUGAUGUGAAGUACCUCAUGAAGAGCUGCAAAAAUCUCAAAGGUGGAUUACAGGAAGUUGCUGAACAGUUAGAGCUGGAACGGAUAGGACCACAACAUCAGGCAGGAUCUGAUUCAUUGCUUACAGGAAUGGCCUUUUUCAAAAUGAGAGAAAUGUUCUUUGAAGAUCAUAUUGAUGAUGCCAAAUAUUGUGGUCAUUUGUAUGGCCUUGGUUCUGGUUCAUCCUAUGUACAGAAUGGCACAGGGAAUGCAUAUGAAGAGGAAGCCAACAAGCAGUCAUGACAUGAAAUAGUCCUUUUAUUUUUAUUUGACCUAUACACAUGCUUGUAUAUAGGUUUUAUCUCUGAUUGAGACUGUCCCUUGAACUAUAGACAAUACCUUUUCUCUCUUUUAUAGCCCAUUUUAUUUUCUGCCUUUCAGUACUAAGUACCUUUCCUAUCUCAGAUCUUAAUAAGUAGACGUACAUUCAGGUUAAAUUUGGCCUUAAUUUAAUAUACUUGUUAGCAAGCGUGUGUGACAGUGAGGAAAGCCACAUCAUACUGAAUAAUUUGAUAAACUUUGCCUACUUGAGCUUGGUUUUGUUUUUCCCUUUCCUAAAUUAACUAGUAUUGACUAUAAUUUAUUUCCCUGUUUCAUGUCUCUCCCUUCAUUCUGCUGGAGUUUUAGGUAUUUGAGAUUGUGGACCAUCAAUUUUGCACUUUAGAGAGUGAUUCCAGUCCUCUGUUUUAUCAGAAAUUGUGGUUUUUCUUGCUCUUAGCUGGAAAAAUGACCAUCUGCCAAUUUUAUACAGUAUUUGCUUGUUUUUGACCUACAGAAUAUAGCACUUGUAUUGUGCAAACUGUUGAUUCAUCAAAACUAGUAACAUCAACAAAAGACAAGGAACUACUGAGGAGCUUAGUAACUACUGUUCUGUCUGUAGUGUUUAAUCUUCCAAGCACAUCUCAUGUCUGUCAUUCUAAUUGGCAUGUGUAGGCUGCUUUGUGACUGAAGAACUUUCAAACCAGCUUUACACCCUUCAGGAAAAAGCCCUCUGAUUGGAUAUUUAGUAUCUAACAGAAAAUUUCUAUUCAAGAUGUUGAAGCUACAGUUAUUUUAUGAUAGCACACUUCCCUUUAUCUGCUUUUUAUUCCAUCAUUGCUUACCCUUUUUUUAUUUUUAUAGCCAUACUUACAAUGCUUUUGAUUUGUUGAUUACACAAAUCAGUUUCAUUAAAGUCCAAAGAUAACAAGUCUUUAGGUAUAUCUUAUAUCAAAAUAAAAGUCAAAAAUUGUGCUUUCAUAGCUACAAAGAUAAAUAAUGGAGCGAUUUGGUGCAAAAUAACAAAAUAUAUAUACACAUAUAUAUAUAUAGCUAAUAAAAUUACCUGAGGAGUGUAAUGCUUGUUUAUUUUUUUGUGUAUAUCUUUGCAAUCUAUUUUAUAUAUAUUGACAAAAGAAACUGAAAUAUUUAGCCAUGCAGAAUAUGUGACCAGACCAGAGCAUGUGUGGGAAGACUUUUUGGUUAUCAUUAACUCUACCUUGAGUGAUGGACUACAAGUUAUAAUGUGUGUUAUCUACACUUCAAUCAGUUAUAUUAGCAAAUCUCCAAAUGUUAGCAACAUUAGUUUCUCUUGUACAUUCUUUCUUCAUGAUAAUACAAUGCUAUAACUGGGUGGUCCUUUUUAAAUAGAACAUUAUUUGCAAAACAGAGGGUAUUUGUUUUUAAAGCUUUUGUAAAUAAAGGCUUCCGAAAUGUUUUCUUA